CCCUAAACCUUCCAUCUAGGUUUUAGGGUUCCAAGAAGGAAGAAGGCGGCGUCCGGUAACAAUGAAGCUGAUUGCGGCGUAUCUCCUCGCGGUGUUGGGCGGGAACGAGUGCCCCUCCUCGGACGACAUCAAGGGGAUCCUCUCAUCAGUGGGAGCCGAGGCCGAUGAGACCAAGCUCUCGCAUCUGAUGAGCGAGCUCGAGGGCAAGGACAUUGUGGAGCUAAUCGCCGAGGGAAGGGACAAGUUUGCGUCGGUUCCCAGCGGCGGCGCUGGCGGGGCCGUGGCGGCCGCUGCCCCCGCUGCCUCCUCCGCCGCCGCCGCCCCCGAGGCUGCCAAGGAAGCACCAAAGGAAGAAGAGAAAGAGGAAUCCGAUGACGACAUGGGAUUUAGCUUGUUCGAGUAGAGUGGAUCUCUUCGUUUUGGAAGUUUUUACUAUAGAUUGAGAAUCAAUCAAUCCAUUUUGUUUCUUGCAAUUGUUGAAUGAAGUUGGAUCAUCAAA